AUGGCCCUGGCUCUGUGGGCCUUCAUUCUGCUGGCCAUGGCCAGCUCUGUGAGGGGCAACAUCUUUGAAUACCAGGUGGACGCGCAGCCCCUCCGGCCCUGCGAGCUGCAGCGGGAAAAGGCUUUCCUGACGCAGGCUGACUAUGUGCCCCAGUGCUCAGAAGAUGGCAGCUUCCAGACUGUCCAGUGCCUGAAGGAGGGCCGCACCUGUUGGUGUGUGGGUGCCGACGGUGGUGAGGUGCCGGGCAGCAGGCAGCCUGGACGGCCAGCUUCUUGCCUGUCCUCCUGCCAGCUGCAAAGGCAGCGCGUCCUGCUGAGCGGCUAUGUUAACAGCACGACCACGACCUACCUGCCCCAGUGUCAGGACUCAGGGGACUACUCGCCCGUCCAGUGUGACCUGUGGCAGCUUCAGUGCUGGUGUGUGGAUGCCGAGGGCAUGGAGGUGUACGGGACCCGCCAGAGGGGCAGGCCGAGCCGCUGUCCCCGGAGCUGUGAGAUAAGAAACCGCCGCCUUCUCCACGGGGUGGGGGACAAGUCGCCCCCCCAGUGCUCUGCAGGGGGCGAGUUCAUGCCGGUGCAGUGCAAGUUCGUCAACACCACAGACAUGAUGGUUUUCGACCUGGUCCAGAGCUACAACCGGUUUCCAGAGGCAUUUGUGACCUUCAGGGCCUUCCGGAGCAGGUUCCCCGAUGUGUCUGGGUAUUGUCACUGUGCUGACAGUCAAGGGCGGGAACUGGCCGAGACAGGUUUGGAACUGCUGCUGGAUGAGAUUUAUGACACCAUCUUUGCCGGCCUGGAUCUGGCCUCCACCUUCACAGACACCACGUUGUACCGGAUCCUGCAGAGACGGUUCCUCGCCCUGCAGUUGUUCAUCUCGGGCCGCUUCCGAUGCCCCAGCAAAUGCGAGGUGGAGCAGUUCACAGCCACCAGCUUUGGCCACCCAUACGUGCCGGCCUGCAGCCGCAGCGGGGACUACCAGCCAGCGCAGUGCCAGAAGGGAGGGCCCUGCUGGUGUGUGGACGCCCGAGGGACGGAGGUCCCGGGGUCUCGGCGGCCAGCGGGAUCGCCUCCUUGUGCUGAAGACCGUUCCUGUGUGUCCGAAAGGCAGCAGGCCUUGUCUCGACUCUUCUUCGGGCCCUCUGGCCACUUCAGCCAGCACAAUUUGUUUUUUUCACCGGAGGAGAGACGGGCCUCUCAGCACGUGACUAGAUUCUCCACGUCCUGCCCACCCCUGUUCAGGGAGCUGUUUGUUGACUCUGGCCUGCUUGGCCCCAUGUUGGAAGCACAGGAUAAACAGCCCCCGGCCUCACCAAGUCUUCUCAAAGAGGCUGUCAGGGCGAUUUUCCCCUCCAGAGAGCUGGCGCGCCUGGCUCUACGGUUCACCACUGACCCCAAGCGACUUCAGCAGAACCUCUUUGGAGGGAAAUUUUUGGUGAACGUUGGCCAGUUUAAUUUGUCUGGAGCCCUUGGCACAAGAGGCACUUUUAACUUCAGUAACUUUUUCCAGCAACUCGGCCUCCCUGGCUUCAGGAUUGAGGAGGGGUUCGGGGAUGUCACCAAGCAGCUCUCUGAGGGAUCUGAUUCAAAGUUUGCUGCGGAACCCCCUGAAACCUCUGAGAAGACUAUGAAUCUGCCACUUGUGGGCAGCUUUGGCUUCAAAGUUAACUUGCAGGAAAACCAGAAUGCUCUAAAAUUCCUUGCUUCUCUCCUGGAGCUGCCAGAAUUCCUUCUUUUCCUACAGCAUGCGAUUUCUGUGCCAGAGGAUGUUGCCCAGGAUUUAGGGGAUGUGAUGGAAAUAGUGCUUAGCUCUCAAGCCUGUAAGGAGCCACCCAGAAGCCUUUUUGUCCCAUCAUGCUCAGCAGAAGGAGGCUACCAGGAUAUCCAGUGCUCUGGUGGGGAGUGCUGGUGUGUGGAUUCCCAGGGCACAGAACUUCCUGGCUCGAGAGUUAGAGGCGGGCGACCGAGGUGCCCCACAGACUGUGAAAAGCAAAGGGCACGAAUGCAAAGCCUUAUGGGUAGCCAGCCCGCUGGGUCUAGCCUACCCAUCCCGUCUUGCACCAGCGAAGGGCAUUUCCUACCUGUCCAGUGCUUCAACUCAGAGUGCUACUGUGUGGACGCCAAGGGUCAGGCUAUCCCUGGAACUAGAAGUAUAACUGGAGAACCUAAACAAUGCCCCACACCCUGCCAGCUGCAGGCAGAGCAGGCUUUCCUGGGGACGGUGCAGACCUUGCUCUCAGACACCAGCCUGCCACCCACGCUCUCCAGCAUCUACAUCCCACAGUGCACUGCCGAUGGGCGGUGGGGGCCCGUGCAAUGCGACGGGCCCCCCGAGCAGGCCUUUGAAUGGUACCAGCGCUGGGCCGCUCAGAACGGCAGUGGACCGGAGCUGACGCUCCAGGCACUGCUUCAGAGCAUCGGGAGCUACAGGGACAUGGCUUCCGGCAGCUUCCAUCUCUUUCUCCAACGCCUGUAUGAGGCUGGCCAGCAAGACAUCUUCCCGGGGCUGGCAAGAUACCCCACUUUCCACGACGUCCCCGAGAGAGUGUUAGAAGGCAACCUGACCCAGACUGGGGGGAACAUCCUCUUGGAACCCCAUGUGUUCUGGGAAAUGCUGAGCGGCCAGCUCCACCGGUACCCAGGGCCCUACUCAGAUUUCAGCUUGCUGCUGGCCCACUCGGACCUGAGGAGCUGCUGGUGUGUGGAUGAGGCUGGGCAGGAACUGGAAGGCACGCGUGUCCAGCCGGGCGCGGUUCCAGCAUGCCCCGGCUCCUGUGAGGGAGCAAAGCUUCGAGUCCUGCAGUUCAUUCGGGAAACGGAAGCGGUCGUCUCAGCUUCCAACAGUUCUCGGUUCCCUCUGGGAGAGAGCUUCUUAGCUGCCAAGGGAAUCCGGCUGACUGGCGAGGAGUUCUCCGAGACCUUCCUGAGUGGCAGCGAGUAUGCCCUUCGCUUAGCGGCCCAGUCCACCUUCACCUUCUACCAGAGACGGGGCACUUCCCCAGGAGGCUGGGCAGGAGCAGCCACCCUCUCUAGCAAGGACCCCUACGUGCCACAGUGCGAUGCCUCCGGGAACUGGGAGCCCACACAGUGCUACGACAGGACGGGCCACUGCUGGUGUGUGGACGGCAAGGGAGAGUACAUCCCUGCCUCACUGGCCACCCGCCCUGCCCAGGUGCCCCAGUGCCCCAGGCCCUGUGAGGCAGCCCGAGCCAGUGGGCUGGUUUCCCUCUGGAAGCAGGCUGCGGGCCAGGCAAGCCCAUCGCCCAAAGAGCUAUUCGUCCCGACCUGCCUGGAGACAGGAGAGUUUGCCCGGCUGCAGGAAUCCGAGGGCAGCACCUGGUGUGUGGACCCAAUGUCCGGAGAGGGCGAGGGCCAGGAAGCAGGCAGUGAUGCCCCAUGCCCCAGCCUCUGCGAGGCGCUCAGGAGCAGAGUCCUGGCAAGGAGGGCUGGCCCAGGCUACACCCCAGCCUGUGAGGCAGGGCCCGGGGGCUUCUCCCCAGUGCAGUGUGACCCGGUCGGAGGCAGCUGCUGGUGCAUCCUGGACAAUGGGGAAGAGGUUCCUGGGACCCGAGUGAUUGGGAGCCAACCCACCUGUGAGCGUCCGCAGUGUCCGCUCCCGUUUGUGGCCGCCAUCGCUGACGGGAUGGUCCUGUGUGAGGAGGACUCAGGCCCCGGAGAUGCUGCCGUCCAGCGCUGCCAGCUGAAGUGUCGCCAGGGGUUCCAGAGCGCCUUCCCGCCGAGGGUCCUGGUGUGCAGCUUAGGGCACAGACGCUGGGAGACAGGCCCACCCCCGGCCCACGCCUGCCAGAGGGUGCAGCCCUGGCAGACGGUGCAGACAGAGGCUCAGUUCCAGCUCCACCUCCCUCCCGGCAAGAUGUGCAGCGCCGACUACGCGGGCCUGCUGCGAGCCUUCCAGGUCUUCCUGCUGGAUGAGCUGACAUCCCGCGGCUUCUGUGAGAUCCAGGUGAAGACUUUUGGGUCGUCUGUGUCCAUCCCUGUCUGCGACGAGUCUACAGUGCAGGUGGGCUGCGCGACCACGGAGCGGCUGGGCGUGAAUGUGACGUGGACAUCUCGGCUGGAGGACAUCCCGGCAGCCUUGCUUCCCGACGUGCAGGACAUCGAGGAGGCCUUUGUGGGCCAGGACUUGGUGGGGCGCUUUGCAGAUCUGAUCCGAAGCGGGGAGUUCCAGCUUCACCUGGAUUCGAAGACUUUCCCAGCAGACACUUCCAUACGCUUCCUCCAAGGGGAACACGUUGGCCCCUCUCCCAGGGCACAGUUCGGGUGCAUGGACGGCUUCUACAGAGUGCCAGCCACCAGCCCAGCCGGCCGGGAUGCACUAGGAUGUGUGGAAUGCCCUGAAGGAAGCUAUUUCCAGGAUGGACAGUGUGUUCCCUGCCCUGUUGGCUUCUACCAAGAACGAGCAGGUGGCUCCGCCUGUGUCCCAUGUCCGGUGGGCAGAACGACCACAUCCGCUGGAGCGUUCCUCCAGGCUCACUGUGUCACCCGCUGUCAGAGGAACGAGGUGGGCCUGCAGUGUGACCAGGACGGCCAGUACCAGGCACAGCAGACAGACAGGGCCAGUGGGCAGGCCUUCUGUGUGGACCAAGAGGGGAAGAGGCUGCCGGGAUCAGAGACAGAAGCCCCACUCACGGAGCCCCAGUGCCUGAUGAUGAGGACCUUUGAGAAGGUUCCAGAAUGGAAUGUGAUCUUCAGUGCUGAUGCUCCCGCCCCAGUCAGGUCCAAAAGCCUCCGUUCUGAGCUCCCACUGAUGCAGUGCUUGGCAGAUUGUGAAGAGGACCCCGCCUGCAGCUUCCUCACAGUGUCGAUGGGGGGACCCGACGUCACAUGUGAAUUCUAUGCUGGGACAGAUGAUAGCAUCGUCUGCACCACCUCUGGGCAGGAAGAACCUGCAUUGGGGAAUGCCAUGGCCACCAGCUUCCGAGGUCUCAGGUGCCAGGUGACCGUGAGGCGCCAGGACCCAGACUCCCUGGCCGUGUAUUUGAAACAAGGCCAACCGCUCACCACCAUGCGUCACAAAGGCUUUGAGCGAACGGACUUCCAAAACGCGCUCUCCGGACUGUACCGCCCCUCUGUGUUCUCCACCCCAGGGGCCAACGUGACUGACGUGCGUCUCUUCUGCCUCCUUGCCUGUGACCAGGACCCGUGCUGCGAUGGGUUCAUCCUCACGCAGGUCCAGGGAGGCCCCAUCAUCUGCGGGCUGCUCAGCUCCCCCAGCACCCUGCUCUGCAAUGUCCAAGACUGGAGCGGGGCCUCCGAAGCCCAGGGGAUGAAUAUUUCGUGCCCCGGUGUCACCUACGACCAGGGGAGCCGCCAAGUGACAUUGCGUCUUGGAGGCCAGGAGUUCAUCACGAAUCUGACAUCCCUGGAUGGAACUCAGGACACCUUUUCCAGUACCCAGCAGGUUUACCUCUGGAAAGAUUCUGACAUGGGAUCUCGAGCUGAGGCUGUGGGCUGCAGAAGAGACCUGGAAGCCUCUCCAACAGAGCCAGAUGGGACGGCACAGCUUUUCUCCCCCGUGGACCUUGCCCAGAUCACUGUGGAUGGAAGCCGGCGCCUGCCCAGCCAGCAGCACUGGCUCUUCAAACAGCUCUUCUCACCCGAGCAAGCAAGACUGUGGUGCCUCUCUCGCUGUGUCCAGGAGCCUUCUUUCUGUCAGCUGGCGGAGAUAACAGAUAGCACACCCUUGUACUUCACCUGCACCCUCUACCCAGAGGCCCAGGUGUGUGAUGAUGUCAUGGAGUCCAGCCCCAAAGGCUGCAGAGUGAUGCUGUCCCACAGGCCAGAGACCCUAUUCCGGAAGAAGGCUGGACUGAAAGAUACAGUGGAGAACUUUUACACCCGUCUGCCAUUCCAAAGCCUGACUGGAAUUUCCAUUAGAAGCAAAGUCCCCAUGUCUGAAAAAUCCAUUUCUGAUGGGUUCUUUGAGUGUGAGCGGAGGUGUGACUUGGACCCCUGCUGCACCGGCUUCGGAUUUCUCAACGUUUCCCAGUUACGAGGAGGAGAGAUGACAUGCCUGACCCUGAAUAGCCUGGGACUUCAGGCGUGCAGUGAGGAGAAUGGGGGAGCCUGGCGCAUUUUCGAUUGUGACGCUCCUGACGUCGAAGUUCACACCUACCCCUUUGGAUGGUAUCAGAAGCCUGCUGCUCAGACGGGCGUUCCGAGCUUUUGCCCUUCAGCCGGGCUGCCUCCCCUCACAGAGGAAAUCUCCCUGGACGCCUGGCAGCCCCUGAGCCCCUCUUCUGCCAUUGUGGACCCCUCUGUCCGGCACUUCGAUGUUGCCCACGUCAGCACAGCUGCGGCCAGCGACUUCUCUGUGGCCCGAGACCUCUGUUUGCUGGAGUGCUCCCGUCACCAGGCCUGCAUCGUCACCACUCUGCAGUCCCAAGCUGGGGCUGUGAGAUGCAUGUUCUAUCCGGACACUCAGAGCUGCACACACAGCCUGCAGGGCCAGGACUGCCGACUGCUGCUCCGGGAGGGGACCACCCAUGUCUUCCGGAAGUUGGGCAUUCCUCCACUCCGCUCUGCAGCAAGUGCACCUUCUGUGCCCCUGGCCACCCAUGGCCAGCUGAUGGGCAGGUCCCAGGCCAUCAAAGUGGGCACUUCAUGGAAGCAGGUGGACCAGUUCCUCGGGGUACCGUACGCUGCCCCACCCCUGGCAGAAGACCGCUUCCAGGCCCCCAGGCCCUUGAACUGGACCGGUUCCUGGGAUGCCACCCAGCCCCGGGCCAGCUGCUGGCAGCCCGGAGCCAAGACACCCACGCCUCUUGGAGUCAGCGAGGACUGCUUGUAUCUCAACGUGUUUGUCCCCGAGGGUGCGGCCCCCAGUGCCCCCGUGUUGGUCUUCUUCCACAACACCCUUGAGGGCCCAGAGAGGCGGGCACAGCUGGCUAUCGACGGCUCCUUCCUGGCCGCUGUGGGAAACCUCAUCGUGGUCACUGCCGGCUACCGAGUGGGCAUCUUUGGCUUUCUGAGUUCUGGGCCUGGCGAAGGGAAUGGAAACUGGGGUCUGAUGGACCAGGUGGCGGUGCUGACCUGGGUACAGACCCACAUUGGAGAGUUCGGUGGGGACCCUCGGCGUGUGACUCUGGCGGCAGACCGAGGCGGGGCCGACGUGGCUGGCAUCCACCUUCUCACCCCAAGAGCCAUGAAGGACAGACUCUUCCAGAGGGCUGUGCUGAUGGGGGGCUCUGCCCUCUCCCCAGCCGCCGUCAUCAGCCAUGAGAGGGCUCAGCAGCAGGCAGCCGCUUUGGCUGAGGAAGUGGGCUGCCCCCCCUCGCCCAGCCACGACCAGGUGUCCUGCCUCCGCCAGCAGCCCGCCAGCACGCUCAACGACGCCCAGACCAAGCUCCUGGCCGUGAGCGGUCCUUUCCACUACUGGGGCCCUGUGGUCGAUGGCCAGUACCUCCGGGAGACGCCGGCCAGGGCGCUGCAGAGAGCUCCGCGGAUGAAGGUCGAUCUGCUCACGGGGAGUGCACAGGAUGAUGGGCUCAUCGACAGAGCCAAGGCCAUCAAGCAAUUUGAGGAGAGUCAAGGCCGGAGCAGCAGCAAAACCGCCUUCUACCGGGCGCUGCAGAAUGCCCUGGGUGGUGAGGCUGCAGACGCCGGGGUGCAGGCCGCAGCCUCCUGGUACUACUCUCUGGAGCACACGGAGGACCAGUAUGCUGCCUUCUCCCGGGCGCUGGAGAAUGCCACCCGGGACUACUUCAUCACCUGCCCUGUGAUCGACAUGGCCACCCGAUGGGCGAGGCAGGCCCGAGGAAAUGUCUUCCUGUACCAUGUGCCCAGAAGCUAUGGCCACAGCAGCCUGGGGCUGCUGGCUGACGUGCAGUACGCCUUUGGACUUCCCUUCCACCCCGCCUACCAGGGGCAGUUUAGUCGGGAGGAGAAAAGCCUGUCUCUGAAAAUCAUGCAGUUCUUCGCUAACUUCAUCAGAUCUGGGAACCCCAACUACCCGCACGACUUCUCCCGGAGAGCGCCUGGCUUCGCCGUGCCCUGGCCCGAUGUCCUCCCCCGGGCCGGGGGCGACAACUACAAGGAGUUCAGCCCCCUGCUCCCCAAUGGGCAGGGCCUGAAACGAGCCGACUGCUCCUUCUGGUCCAAGUACAUCCCUUCUCUGAAGGCGUCAGCAGAUGGAGCUGAGGGUCAGCAGGCCACUGAGAGUGAGGAGGAGGCCUCGCCCUUGAGCCAGGGACUGAGUGAUGACCUCACAGGCCUCCCAGAACCCGGCGCCAAGACCUACAGCAAGUGA